UGCAGUACAGCGUUCAUGUUUGACAACAAGUUCUACGUGGAUUUUUGGGAAGAUCUUUUGCCAGCUUAAAUCGUCCAACAAUGACUAAAUUCCAAUAUCUGAAUGUGUAUCUAACUGAGCGUCUCAUGCAAGCUGCUGAGGAGAUACUAAGAGUUGUCGCAGACACGAUCUCCGAGUACCAGGAAGAAAUAUCCCGGACAAAGAGAGAAAACCAAUACCUUAAACGACACUUGAUCACACCGGUCCUACCGCCGGCGCCUCAGCCCAUUCUCUCUUGGGUCUCAGAGCCGCAAACUCCCCCUGAACAACAGCACUGUGACCAGGAGUGGAGGCUCAGUCUGGGCCAGGAGGACGCAGAGCCCACACAGAUUAAAGAGGAACAUGGUGAACUCGGGACCAGUCAAGAGGAAGAGCAGCAUCAAGUACCGGAGUCUGAUACCAAAGAAGACUCAAUAUUUACUCCUCCCUGUGUGAAAAAUUAUAAGGACCGACCUCAGCCUUCACAUCUUUCCAGAACCAAAACUGUGGAGAGCAGAGUGAGGGAGUCUCUACUGACCAACACAACUGGACAGAUCAAAACAGAACCUGAUGGCUAUGGAGUAUCACUAUCAGAACCAACCAGUGACUCCCCUCAGUCUCAGCCCGUCUCUGAAGUAAGUCCAGACUCUUCUAGAACACAAAGUCAGAACACUGAGAACACGGAAAGUGUUCCUAUUGUUCUGAGAGAUCUAGAAAGGAGACCAGAGGAGGAUACACAGACACACUCAUGUACUCAUUGUGGAGCCGUGUUCUGUGAGCUAUCCCAACUGGAGGCACACAUGCCAUCCCACACAGUACCAGACAGUGGUGACACUAGUCACAGGCAAAUCAUGUGCACAGUCUGUUGGAAGUCAUUCACCUCUACCAGUUACCUCAAGGUCCACCAGCGUUCUCACACUAAGGAAAAGCCCUUUCACUGUGGUGUGUGUGGCAAGAGCUUCAGCUACUCAGGGAAGUUCAGGGAACACCAGCGGAUUCACACAGGAGAGAGACCUUACCGCUGCUACGUGUGUGGUAAACGCUUCAACCAGUCAGCCCACCUGAAGGCCCACCUGAGGGUACACACGGGGGAGAAACCCUACUCCUGUCCUGUCUGUGGGAAAGGAUUCAGUCAGUCCAGCCAGAUCAAGAGACACCUCAGAACUCACAUCCAAGGGAGGUAGAAUAAUGAUAACUUGGAGUGGAAAGAGUCCAUGAGUGGAUAAACAGUAACCUCGCAAGCUGCCUGAUCUGGUUCGCUACCACAGAAUCAGUCUGGUAAUUACGAGGCUAGAUAGACAGAGCCUUCUGUUCUCAAAGUGCCCAGCAUUUGGGAAGAGAAAUAAAUAAAUAUAUUUCUUAUUUUCAGUGCUACUAAUUCUACAGUAACAGUGCCUCAAAGUAUUCAUACCCCUUGACUAAUUCCACAUUUUGUUGUUACAGCUUGAAUUCAAAAUGGAUUAAAUAUUUUUUUAAAUCUCCCCCAUGUACACACAAUACCCCAUAAUGACAAAGUGAAAAUAUAUUUUUGAAAUGUAUUGAAAAUUAAAUACAGAAAUAUCUCUUUUACACAAGUAUUCACACCCCUGAGUCAAUACUUUACAGAAGCACCUUUGGUGGCGAUUACAGCUGUGAGUUUUUUUCUGGGUAAGUCUCUCAGAGUUUGCACACCUGGAUUUGAUAGUAUUUGUUCAUUUUAUUAUUUAAAAAAAUAUUCAAGCUCUGUCAAGUUGAUUGUUUAUCAUUGCUAGACAGCCAUGUCCAAGUCUUGCCAUAGAUUUUCAAGCAGGUUCAAGUCAAAACUGUAACUAGGCCACUCAGGAACAUUCAAUGUGGUUGAAUAUUGGUAAGCAACUCUAGUGUAGAUUUGGCCUUGUGUUUUAUGUUAUUGUCCUGCUGUGUCACGAUCGUUAUGAGACGAAAGAGUGGACCUAAGCGGCAGCGUGAUAGAAAUACAUCUUCUUUUUAUUUAGAAGACGAAAAACGAACACUAUACAAAUUACUACAAAAACAACAAACGAUCGUGAAGCUAUAACAAAACAAUAAGUGCAGACACUGGCAACUUACACAUAGACAAUUACCCACAAACACCUAAAGCCUAUGGCUGCCUUAAAUAUGGCUCCCAAUCAGAGACAACAAUAAACAGCUGUCUCUGAUUGAGAACCAAACCAGGCAACCAUAGACUUUCCUAAACACCUACACUGAACACAACCCCAUACAUUUAAAAAAAAAAACUAAACAAUACACACACCCUAAACUAGACAAAACACACAAACAUCACCCAUGUCACACCCUGACCUAACUAAACUAAUAAAGAAAAUCAAUAUAACAAAGGCCUGGGUGUGACAUGCUGAAAGGUGAAUUUGUCUCCCAGUGUCUGUUGAAAAGGAUUUGGCCUGUGAUUAUAGCUGUUUUCUGUUUCUUUUUAUCCCCAAAAUUUCCCUUGCUGAUGACAAGCGUACCCAUAACAUGAUGCAGCCAGAAAAUAUGAAGCGUGGUACUCCGCUAUGUGUUGUGUUGGAUUUACCCCAAACGUAAUGCUUUGUUUUCAGGACAAAAAGUUAAUUUCUUUGCCAAAUGUUUUGCAGUAUUACUUAAGUGCUUGUUGCAAACAGAAAUAUUUUUUAAUAUUUUUAUUCUGUACAGGUUUCCUUUCAUUCUGUCAUUUAGGUUAGUAUUAUGGAGUAACUUGUUGAUCUAUCCUCAGUUUUUUCCUAUCACAGCCAUUAAACUAACUGUUUCAAAGUCACCAUUGGCUUCAUGGUGAAAUCUCUGAGCACUUUCCUUCCUCUCCGGCAACUGAGUUAGAAAGGACACCUGUAUCUUUGUAGUGACUGGGUGUAUUGAUACACCACUAAAGUGUAAUUAAUAACUUCGCUAUGUUCAAAGGGAUAUUCAAUGUCUGCUUUUUUAUUUUUUUACCCAUCUACCAAUAGGUGACCUUCUUUGUGAGGCUUUGAAAAACCUCCCUUUGUGCUUGAAAUUCACUACUCGAUUGAGGGACUUUACAGAUAAUUGUAUCUGUGGGGUACAGAGUCACUCCAAAAUCGUGUUAACAACUAUUAUUGAACACGGAAUGAGUCCAUGCAACUUAUUAUGCGAUUUGUUAAGCACAUUUUUACUCCUGAACCUUUUUAGGCUUGCCAUAAACUCGAGACAUUUCAGCGUUUAACUUUUUACUCCUAAAAAAAAAUAAAAAAUGACAAGUAAAAUUACACUUUGACAUUAUGGGGUAUUGUGUGUAGUUCAGUUAUACAAUCUCAGUUUAAUCCAUUUUAAAUUCAGGCUGUAACACAACAAAAUGUGGAAGAAGUCAAGGGUUUGUGAACACAUUCCGAAGGUACUGUAAUUGUAAGACUAGACUGUUAUAGAAUGUGUGAUGUGUUUUGCACCCAUAACUGAGGCACCGUAUAUCUGCAUUGAUUUGAAUGGAUUUAAGAGAGCUGAUCAAUAACAUGCUAUGUGUUAGGUGUCACUAACUAUGUUUGAGAGAAAUAUCAUGUUCAUUUUGGUGUUAUUCCCUUUUCUUUCCUCUUGAUGAUUCCAGUUGGAGCUGUUUGGUCUCACUGCAAAUAAACUAACUCUAUCAUAUUGA